CAAAUGCUCCACUACACUUACACUUACACCUACAACCUCACUUAUCUACCUACCUACCUACAUCCCUCAAUCACCUCCAACAACAAAACAAGACACUCUCCCAUCACCACCAACCACCAACCACCCCAAUCCCACAUCUCAAACCCAACCCAACCGCAAAAAUGCCCUCCCUCCCCGCACGAACCGCCUCCCUAACCCGCAUAACCAACGAAACUAAAAUCCAAGUCUCCCUGUCCCUAGACGGAGGCAGGCUCCCACCCUACGAACCCACCCCGCACUUCGCGGCCCCAACAGACCCAACCGAAGCCGAAGCCGCAAAGAAAGGCAUCGUACCGGAGAAGAAUGCCGCCCAUGCGACGCAGUUCACCCCCACCCAGCAAAUCACCGUGAGCACGGGCAUCGGGUUCCUGGAUCAUAUGUUGCAUGCGUUGGCGAAACAUUCCGGAUGGAGUUUGGCGGUUAGGGCGAAGGGGGAUUUGUUUAUCGACGACCACCACACAACCGAAGACACCUUCCUAGCCGUCGGAAGCGCAUUCACUGAAGCGCUGGGUGCACGUCAAUCGCUGGCGCGGUUCGGACGGGGCGAUGCGCCACUUGAUGAGGCGUUGUCGUGGGCGGUGAUUGAUCUGUCGAGUCGGCCGUGGGCGGUGAUCAACUUGGGCUUUCGUCGGGAGAAGAUCGGGGAUUUGAGUACGGAGAUGAUUACACAUGGAUUGCAAAGCUUUGCUCAGGCGGCGGGCGUGACGCUGCAUGUGGGAUGCACGUAUGGUGAUAAUGAUCAUCAUCGGGCGGAGAGUGCGUUUAAGGCGUUGGCGGUGGCGAUUCGGGCGGCGUGUACGAGACGGGUGGAGGGUGAGGUUGGGGCAGGCGAUGUGGUUAGUACGAAGGGAGUGUUGUAAUGGGGCUUAUAAAAAGAGGCAAAAUUGAAGGGCAUGGGCUAUGGAAGCCGAUGGUUAUGUGUAUACUGCUCACUCUAAACAAUGCG